AUGAAGUCCAACACCUACCUCAAUUCGUGCGUCGAGCAGGCCGCCAAGUCGCCUCUCCACUACCGCCACGGCGCCAUCGUCGUCCGCGGUGGCAAGAUCAUCGGCCAGGGCUACAACUGUUACCGCCCAGGCUUCGACGGAGGCUCACUCAAGAGCGGUCGCAUCGCCAACAAGCACCUCGACGGCGACGCCAUAGCUGCCUUGAAGACGAAGCUGAAGAAGAAGGACAAGGACCAUCCACAGUCUCAGCAGGACGCAGGUGGCAACUUCAUUCCAUUCGAGGGCAUGUCCCGCGGCGGCGGUCCCAACGUCAACACUCCACUCUCCAUGCACAGCGAGAUGAUGGCCAUCCACUCCGCCCUCGCCGCCUCUUCCACCCUGUCCUCCACGGCCUUCUCCCGCGAAAAACCGUGCUUCAAACUACCGCGUGAGGAUAAACGUAAAUCCCGACUACGUCGCGACGUCAAGCUGGAAACUCGCAACUACAACAACGGCAAGGAGGAGGAGGACGAGGACGUGGCGGAGCAGGAGGAGACGGACAGGGCGUUUCAAGCAGGCAAGAGUGGAGCGAAACAUCACUGGAAGAAGGAUUGGAAGGGGAAACAUGGGAAGAAGAAGUAUCAGUACGAGGGUCAGUACGGUCAGUACGGGGCUACGGGACAACAUCAUCACGAACUGGCGUCGCCAUCUGCGUCUAAGCCUAGCAUGAGCGGGAAUGCUUCACGAGGGAAUGAUGCCAUGAUAAUUGACGACGAUGAUGAUGACAACGAUGGCACGAAAGAGAUGACCACGAAGUCACGAAAAACUGCUCCGAAGACGCCGCGAGUGGCGAGUAAGCAUGGGAACUACUACAAUCAGGUCAGCAUCAUCUACCCGCGUACACCAGAGCAUCAACUAACAAUAUCCAGCCCGGCAUGCGAUCAAACACCUCAUCCGAACCACCAGCACCACAGCAACACUUCCUCAUGCCCGUCGGCCGAGCAGCAGAACAACGCCACAGCGUCGCGCAACGCAAGAAGAACCCUCGACUCCAGGGCGCAGACCUAUACGUGA